UGAAGUAAUCGAGUUGCUUCUCAGUGAUGUUGAUUCAGAUAAAGGCAGGGAGGAAAGCGUCCGAGUCGAAGUUCCAAGAGAUCAUAAAUCAACUGAGCGCUUACACGAGGCAGAAGCAGUUACCGAAGAACAUGAGAAUUCGUCUCCUGUCCUAUUAUCAUUAUCGUUUCAGAGACAGCUACUUCCGCGAGAAAUUAAUUUUGACCAACUUGACAGAGCAACUGCGUCAAGAAAUAGCGCUUCAAUCCAGCCACCGUUUAGUGGAGAACGUGGCGAUAUUCAAAGCCUUGCCUACACACGUCUUACGAUCGAUUGUCAAGAAUUUACGGUUCGAGCUUUAUUUACCCAACGAUGUCAUCAUGAAAGCUGGCGCUCAAGGCGAUUGCAUGUUCUUCCUUUCUGCCGGAACCGUUGCUGUGCUCACGCCUACUGGGAAAGAGAUCUGUCACUUGGACGACGGUGCCCAUUUCGGGGAAGUGGCACUCCUAGUGCCCGACCAAAGGCGAGUCGCGAGCGUGAUCGCGAUCGAAGUGUGCGAAGUAUAUCGUUUGGAUCGGAAAGAUUUUCGCAAGUGCAUCGCGGUGCACACGGAACUGUUCGCGAAACUCGAGAGGAUCGCGGCCGAGAGGAUCGAGAGGGCCAUGGUGAUCGAGGAGCAGCACAAGCGUUACCUCAUGCGGCAUUCCAUUCACAUCGAGCGCAGGAGACGCAACCACGAGGGACAGUUGAUUUAACGAUUUAAUCGUCAUCGUUCAAAUAUGUUAAGAUUUGUACAUAAAAUAAAUUGUUAAUAAAUAACAAUCCUGGUGAUCGUUUAAUCGUA